CGCUGCAAGUACUAUAAAAACUGAGUGACUUCUUCCAUUGGUAUCAGUUCAUAAUUAGCUGAAAUCCAAGCAAGAACAUCACGUUCGCUGUCAGAUACUUUUGAAAAAUAUAACACAAUGUUCAAAGUGUUGAUUGUUUUCGCCGCCUUCCUCGCUGCUUCUUCAGCCAUGCCAACAAUCCUUCAUGGAGGUUUGACAGGGGUAGCCACCAUAGCUCAUGCUCCACUUCUUGCGACCGGGGUUCAAACUGUCGUCCAACCCGAAACUGUUCAAGUUCAUGAGCAAACCAUUGCUAAAGUCGGCGAUUUGGUGCAGAAGAUUCCCACAGCCGUUUCGGAUCAGCGUUCUACUGUUGUCCAUAACCAAGCUGACCUUAUCACCCCCGUUGUUGCCCCAGCCAUCAGAACCAACACCGUCCAAGUCCUCAAAGCCUACUCGCAACCUGUUGUCUACACCGCUGCUGUCCAUGCCACACCAAUCUUGCGAGCCAUCCGUGAUUAAGCGAUUAUGGAACACGCCAGGUAGAUACGAGAAGCAAUUAAAUAUAGCCUACUCAAUUUGUGCCCAGAAAUCUAGGAAUAUUUUGAUUGUAAAUAAUUAAGUUGUUUCAAAUUUA